GAUGUUGCAAUAGGAAACCAUUAGGGGACGAACCUUGAACUGUUAUCUUUUUCAAAACAAACCAGCUUUCUACACCAGCUGCCCGUUGAGUUACCUAAACGUCGGAGGUUGACUUGGAUGAUACGCGUUUUAUUGAUAUAUUACUAGCCACAAAAAAACAGUGUGUGUCACGCUGGAUUAGCUUUCCCUUUCCCAGAAAAGCUCUGACGUAUUUUUAGCUAACGUUAAAUGGCUAAUGUCAGCUAGCUUGUCAUGCAACGGUAAAGAUAACAUCUGCUAGCUGACGUUAGCCGUAUUGGCAACCUUAGCUUAUGUUAUCAAAGCUAUGUGUCGACAGGUCGCAAGACGCAACAGCUCGGGUGUUAACUAUUGUUGAAUUGGGUGAUAUUAGCCGAAACCUUCAUUUUAACGUAAGCUAUCGUUAGCUUGUAACGUUGGCUAGCUAAAACCGUUAAACACAGAUCUUUUUGGCUAAUUAACGUUAACCAACGCAGCAAAUUGACGUUAACGUGAGACAAUAAUGGGCCGGCCAGUGUGAAAGGUUGCUGCUUUUCCGGUGAUGUCAUGCCUGACUUGAAGUGACCCGGUUCGCUUCACAGUGUUGAAGUGGUAAAGCGCCGUCGGUGGUACAUUUUAUUUUGUUAACCCGCAACAUGCCUGGAAUCGUGGUUUUUGGUCGGCGGUGGGGGAUUGCCAGCGACGACCUGGUUUUCCCGGGAUUCUUUGAACUAUUCGUUCGUGUACUCUGGUGGAUUGGCACCAUGAUCCUUUUCACUUAUCACAGUGGCCGUUUCGAUUGUAACGGGAGGGGAUUCCUCCACAGCUAUCUGGUCGGACUGCUGGUCAUCCUGGCGCUCAUCAUCUUGUCACUAUGUGCCAUCGUCCAAGUCAGUGCCAAAGGUACCAUAACAAACCCCGGCCCCCGGCGCUCCAUCCCUGCACUGGUGUACCUGCGAGCUCUCCUGUACAUCCCCGAGCUGGUGUGGGCGUGUCUUGGAGCCGCUUGGGUGUCAGGUGACAGCAAAGGCUGCGAUCCUGCCACGGUGGGUGCCGUCAUCGCAGCGGUGGUUGCCAGCUGGAUCCUGCUGCUGUUCACCGGGUUAGGCGUGGUGUUUGUGUUCGACCCGCUCGGCAACCCGCGCCGUGCGGCUGCCGCCAUGGAGCCGCUGGGAGUACGCGACCUGCAGAGCAACGAGGGCACCCAGUUCCUCUCCACGGCUCGCUCCCUCGCCGUCAAGGUGUGGGAGAGCAGGCUGCGGCUGCUGUGCUGCUGUCUGCCGCAGGACGAAAGCCACCGGGCGGCGUUCUCCAGCAUCGCACAGCUGGUUGGCGGGUUCUUCUCUGACACGGACCUGGUGGCAAGUGACAUAGCGGCUGGUUUGGCCCUGCUGCACCAGGAGCAGGAUAAGAUGGAGCUAAGCAGAGACCCGGACGCAGUGGUCGACCACAGCCCUUCCUCUCCCAUCGGAGAGGAUUUGGAGGCGGAGCUGGAGAAGGCGGCUCACUGCAUGCGGUUUGCUGCGGCGGCUUACGGCUGGCCGCUGUACGUUUACUCCAACCCCCUGUCCGGGCCCUGCAAACUCAGCGGAGACUGCUGUAGAAGCCGCGCUGCCGAGUACGACAUCGUUGGAGGCGAGCACCUCGGCUGUCACUUUUCCUCCAUCCUGCACAGCACCGGUUUACAGUACAGAGACUUCAUCCACGUCAGCUUCCACAACCAGAUCUAUGAGAUCCCGUUCUACGUGGCUCUGGAUCACAAGAGGGAGGCUGUUCUGGUGGCUGUCAGAGGAACGCUGUCACUGAGGGACGUCCUGACAGACUUGUCUGCGGAGUGUGAGAACCUGCCCAUAGAAGGAGUGUCUGGAGCUUGCUACGCUCACAAGGGCAUGUGUCAGGCGGCGAGUUACAUCUACAAGAAGCUGGUCAACGACGGCAUCCUGAACCAGGCUUUCGCCAUCGCGCCGGAGUACAAGCUGGUCAUCACUGGUCACAGUCUGGGUGCUGGAACGGCGUCCUUACUGGCUAUUCUCCUGCGCGGUUCCUUUCCCAGCCUGCAGUGCUACUCAUUCUCUCCACCAGGGGGACUCCUGAGUAAAGCAUUAGCUGAUUACUCCAAAGACUUUGUGGUGUCAGUUGUGCUUGGAAAGGAUCUGGUUCCCAGAUUGAGCAUUCCCAAUAUGGAGGAUCUGAAGAGAAAGCUUCUUAAAAUAGUUUCAAACUGCAAUAGGCCCAAGUACCGCAUUCUGCUGCAGGGGUGUUGGUACGAGCUCUUCGGCGGAGAUCCCGACGACUUCCCCACCGAGAUGGACAACCGGAGGGAGGAGGAGCUGAGCCAGCCGCUGCUGGGGGAGGAGUCGCUCAUGAUUCGCCACUCGUCAUCCUAUCAGAGCUUGACGUCGGACGACUCGCCCGCCCGCUCGGCCGCUCACUUACCCCUCUUCCUGCCCGGACGCAUUCUGCAUAUCACAGAGGACGGACCGUCGCGGAGAUCCUGCUUUUCCCAGGUGCGCUACCGGGCCGACUGGUCCAAUGAAAUGGCGUUCAGGAGUAUUUUGAUCAGUCCCAGGAUGCUCGCCGAUCACAUGCCCGACGCUGUGCUGCAAGCACUCAAGAGUCUGACCAGCGAAAGGCCCUUCUCCCUGUGCCCGUCGUCUUUAAACAGCAACCAGCACCACGCCGUCUGAGAGGCGUGGCCGACUCCUCGUCUGUGCUCCCAGACCUCCCUGCUACCGUUUCAUCGACUCCACACCUGAUCCAGGACCCCUUUGGAUACUUUAUGCUCCUCAUGCUGAUCCUGCUCGCAGGAUCCCGAAGGCCCCCGAAGGCCCUUUGUCUCAUGCACAUUUGGAAAAAAGAUUGUAAUGGCCGUGGCACACACGACCGAACAUGAUCAGUUAACGUGUCAGAGCGCUGGGACUUUUUCUUAAAAAUUGCACUUUUAAUUUUGGGAUUUAAACCAUUUGUUUUACUUCCAACUCCUUGAGUUACUCCAUGAGUAACUCAAAGCCAUGAUCUUUGAAUGUGCGUUGUGCAUAAUGUGUUUGACGGUUUUGCUGUAAUGUCAGUGUUGCACAUUGUAUGUUUGUGUGAGCGCUGUCCGCCUGGUAGAUGCUACUCGGUGAAAGGGUCAGAUGCCGUCUUCCUCAACUGUGGGAUAUGACUGAGGAGCAGUUGGAUCCUGGAUGUGAGGAUGCGGGAGUGUCGUUUAUGUUAAAAUGUGGACUGAGGCAUUGCGUCAUUGUAUAGUGACUGGUGAGUCAGUCCUGUGUUUAUUGUAUUGAAACAUCAGGGUGAACAGUGCCUAUGCAUUCUAGAAAAAAAAGUCAACAGAAAUGCUUUAAGUAAAAGGCAGAGCCGGGUGCAGUGCGUUUACAGUUAAUUCUGCAUAUCCCACGAUGCAGUUUGAAUAGUGCAUGUUGUUGAAAAGGGUAAGUGAUUGUGGAUUCUGUUUACUUGCAAUGAAUAUCACCAUUUCUUCAGGUAAGGGACGAUAUUUAAGUCAUUAUGCUUGCAUAACUAUUCCACAUUCAAUAGAUUGUAUUGGAUGCGUCGAUCCAAAUAAAAGCUCUUGUUUAGCACGUUC